AUUUGUUUGUCAAUAACCUCAAAUACAAACAUCAUGAAUUUCGACGACGAUUUAGAUUUUAUUUCGGGAAAAAAGGUGUCUGCUUUACAAGGUCGAAGAUCCGGAGGUAAAGAUAGUAAUAAAUCGGACUCUUUGGAUGAUGAACCAAGUAAUUCACCACCGGAGGCUUUAAUGUACGCUAGAAAAACUGGGAAAUGGGCUGAGGAUAGUGCGAAAUCUGGAAAGCGUAAAAAUUCAACAAACAUCAUUGAAUUGGAACGCUUCCAAUCGGAAAAACACGAAUCAGAUGAAGAUGAUAUCCCAAUAAUACCUGAUAUUGAAGAUUUUCAAGAUGAUAGUAGCAGCCCAAUUGAUGAUCAAAAUCUUGUUUCUCAUGGAUUUAAAUCAACUUAUAAAGAACUUGACUCAGAAUUGGUUAAAAUAGAGACUCACCAACAAUUUGUAAAUAAAUCAAAGAUUGAUUUAUCUUUAUUAACAUCAAAAUUAAUCCCCGAAAAGGAUAUUAAAGAAAAUGAUGAGAUUUGGACGAUUGAAAGUUUAUUUGAGAACGUUAUGUCAUUCGUAAAUACUUAAUUAGAUUAAGAAUUAUUUAUAUUUUUUAAAAUCGCAAAUACGGUUAGAGGUUAAAUUCUAUCAACCUCUAUUUUUAUCUAAAGCACAAACACUUUCAGUUUAAUCUUAAAC